CGUCUGACACUUCUCGUGUCGUUGCUGAAGUGGCAGUCGAUCCUGAGAUGGAUUUUAGAAUUAUCAAAUGGGUGAUAACUCUCUUGGUAUCAUCAACGACAUACAAACAAACCAACGGACAUGACUACUGCCAUAGCUAUCACGUGAUUAAUGACAGGACGAGGGCUGCUAGUCUCCCAAGGGGCAACGUCCUUAGAUGCGAUCAGCGGGAUAUUCCAACCUCCAGAUGGUACCGUUUCACUGGAGCGGCUGGCACGCAGAUGCCAACUAAGUGUGUGCCCACUAACCGUUGCGGAACCCACGCGCCUGGCUGGCUCAGUACAGCGCAUCCAACUAGAACUGGACAAAUCAUCAACGGCAAAGCUUGCUUUCACUGGUCCGGAAACUGCUGCCGGUGGUCGUCAAAUAUUAUGAUCAAGAGAUGCAAUGGCUUUUACAUUUACAAGCUUGGUAAAACACCAUGUUGUUACCUUCGUUUUUGUGGGAAUGGAGGCUUUGGGGACGAUGGCUGCACUGACUAUUUACAGUUAAACGAUAGAACCAGAGCUGCCAGCGUUCCACGGGGAAAUAUCCUUAAAUGUGACAAAUAUGACAUGCCUGGGGAAGCAAAGUGGUACAGGUUCACUGGGGCAUCAGGAAGUAUGAUGGCCACCUCCUGUGUUCCUAAGCAUUACUGUGGAACGCAUGCUCCGGGUUGGUUGAGUGGAGCCCACCCAACAAGUGUGGGGCAAACUGUCAACGCCAAAGUCUGUUUUCACUGGGGAGGAAGCUGCUGCAACUGGAAUACCAAUAUUCAGAUAAAAAAAUGUCAUGGGUUUUACGUUUACAAACUUCACAAGACCCCUGUUUGUUGGCUUCGCUACUGCGGAAACGCAGGAUUCGAUGUGUGCAAGGUAAGCAAUCCGUGCAAGAAUAGUGCCACGUGUGUUCCCAAAAAUGGUGGCUACACAUGCAACUGCAAGCCAGGGUAUCAUGGUGUCAACUGCGAGCACGAUGUAAAUGAAUGCAACACUAGACCCUGCCGUAACGGUGGAACUUGUGAGAACCUACCAGGAAGUUACAGAUGCAAAUGCAAACCAGGAUUUCUCGGGAAACACUGCGAGAUCGCGCACGAUGAAUGCAAGCAUUACCAAGUUCUCAGUGACAGGGAGCGAGCUGCAGGAGUUCACAGGGGAAACACCCUUAAGUGUGACCAAAGGGACCUUGUAACUCCCAAAUGGUACAGGUUUACCGGAGCAGCUGGUACCCAGAUGCCCACGUCAUGUGUUCCUAAACAUUACUGCGGAACCCAUGCACCGGGCUGGCUAACUGGCUCACACCCGACAAGAGUUGGCGAAGUUGUAAACCGCAAAGUGUGUUUCCAUUGGGGUUCUAAUUGUUGCAGUUGGAGUGCAAGCGUUCAGAUAAAGAGAUGCAACGGGUUUUACGUGUACAAGUUGGUACGGACUCCUGUAUGUUGGCUGCGGUAUUGUGGAAAUGCGGGCUUCAAUCCUUGUAGAACCAGCAGGCCGUGUCAAAAUGGGGGCACAUGUGUUAACCAGAAUGGUGGUUAUAAAUGCAACUGCAAGCCUGGGUACCAAGGGAUAAACUGCCAGCAAGAUGUCAAUGAGUGUCUUACGAGGCCUUGCCGUAAUAGCGGGACUUGCGAGAACUUAUCAGGAAGCUACAGAUGCAAGUGUAAACCAGGAUAUCUUGGAAAACACUGCGAGAUCGUAUUUGAUGAAUGCAAACACUACGAGGUUCUUAAUGACAAAGAGCGGGCUGCAGGGCGUCACAGGGGUAACUUCCUUAAGUGUGACCAGAGAGACCUUGUAACUCCCAAAUGGUACAGGUUUACAGGAGCAGCUGGCUCUCAAAUGCCAACGGCAUGUGUUUCAAAACAUUACUGCGGAACCCAUGCGCCAGGAUGGCUGAGUGGCUCACAUCCAACAAGAGUCGGGCAGGUUGUGAAUGGAAAGGUGUGUUUCCAUUGGGGCUCCAACUGUUGCAAUUGGAAUGCAGCCAUUCAGAUAAAGAAAUGCAACGGAUUCUACGUGUACAAGCUGGCAAGGACACCUGUAUGUUGGCUGAGAUAUUGCGGCAAUGCCGGAUUUGAUCCUUGUAGGACCAGCAGGCCGUGUCAAAAUGGGGCCACAUGUGUCAAUCAGAAUAGUGGUUACAAAUGCCUCUGCAAGCCUGGGUACCAAGGAAUGAACUGCGAACAAGAUGUCAAUGAAUGUCUUAGAAGGCCUUGCCGUAAUGGCGGGACUUGCGAGAACCUAUCGGGAAGCUACAGAUGCAAGUGUAAAACAGGAUAUCUAGGAAAACACUGCGAGAUCGUAUUUGAUGAAUGCAAACAUUACGAGGUUCUCAAUGACAAAGAGCGGGCUGCAGGGCGUCACAGGGGUAACUUCCUUAAGUGUGACCAGAGGGACCUCGUAGCUCCCAAAUGGUACAGGUUUACAGGAGCAGCUGGCUCUCAAAUGCCAACGGCAUGUGUUCCGAAACAUUAUUGCGGAACGCAUGCACCGGGAUGGCUGAGUGGCUCACAUCCAACAAGAGUCGGGCAGGUUGUGAAUGGAAAGGUGUGUUUCCAUUGGGGCUCCAACUGUUGCAAUUGGAAUGCAGCCAUUCAGAUAAAGAAAUGCAAUGGGUUUUACGUGUACAAGCUGACAAGGACACCUGUAUGUUGGCUGAGAUAUUGCGGCAAUGCCGGAUUUGAUCCAUGCAAGGCAAGCAAACCUUGUCAAAAUGGGGCCACCUGUGUUAAUAAGAAUUAUGGAUACACUUGUCUUUGUAAGCCCGGAUACCAAGGGGAGAACUGCGAGCAAGAUAUUGAUGAAUGUCGCACGAGGCCUUGUAGGAAUGGUGGUGCGUGUGAAAAUGUACCAGGAAGCUACAGAUGCAAAUGCAAACCAGGUUUCCUUGGCAAACAGUGCGAGAUUGCUUUCGAUGAAUGCAAACACUACGAGGUUCUCAAUGACAAAGAGCGGGCUGCAGGGCGUCAUAGGGGUAACUUCCUUAAGUGUGACCAGAGGGACCUUGUAACUCCUAAAUGGUACAGGUUUACAGGAGAAGCUGGCUCUCAAAUGCCAACAGCAUGUGUUCCAAAACAUUACUGCGGAACUCAUGCACCAGGAUGGUUGAGUGGCUCACAUCCAACAAGAGUAGGACAGGUUGUCAAUGGGAAGGUGUGUUUCCAUUGGGGCUCCAACUGCUGCAAUUGGAAUGCAGCCAUUCAGAUAAAGAAAUGCAACGGAUUUUACGUGUACAAGCUGACAAGGACACCUGUAUGUUGGCUAAGGUAUUGCGGGAAUUCAGGGUUUGAUCCGUGCAAAGCGAGUAAGCCUUGUCAAAAUGGUGCCACCUGUGUCAACCAGAAUGGAGGUUACACUUGCCUCUGCAAGCCUGGGUACCAAGGAAAGAACUGCGAGCAAGAUGUUAACGAAUGUGUCUCGAAACCUUGCCGUAAUGGUGGAACUUGUGAGAAUAUUCCAGGGAGCUACAGAUGCAAAUGCAAACCAGGAUUUCUUGGCAAGCACUGCGAGAUAGUUUUCGAUGAAUGCAAACAUUAUGAAGUUCUCAAUGACAGAGAGAGGGCUGCUGGAGUUCACAGGGGCAAUAUUGUCAAGUGUGACCAAAGGGACCUUGUAACUCCUAAAUGGUACAGGUUUACAGGAGCAGCUGGCUCUCAGAUGCCAACGGCAUGUGUUCCAAAACAUUACUGCGGAACGCAUGCACCAGGAUGGUUAAGUGGCUCACAUCCAACGAGAGUCGGACAGGUCGUUAACGGGAAAGUGUGUUUCCAUUGGGGCUCCAACUGUUGCAACUGGAAUGCAGCCAUCCAGAUUAAGAAGUGCAACGGGUUUUACGUGUACAAGCUGACGAGGACACCUGUAUGUUGGCUGAGGUAUUGCGGUAACGCGGGGUUUGACCCGUGUAAAGCUAGUAAGCCUUGUCAAAAUGGCGCCACCUGCGUCAACCAGAAUGGUGGUUACACAUGCCUUUGCAAGCCUGGGUACCAAGGAAAGAACUGCGAGCAAGAUGUUAACGAAUGUGUCUCGAAACCUUGCCGUAACGGUGGAACUUGUGAGAAUUUACAGGGUAGCUACAGGUGCAAAUGCAAAUCAGGAUUUCUUGGCAAGCACUGCGAGAUAGUUUUCGAUAACUGCAAACAUUAUGAAGUUCUAAAUGACAGAGAGCGAGCUGCUGGAGUUCCUAGGGGAAAUAUCCUCAAGUGUGACCAGAGGGAUCUGGUAACUCCCAAAUGGUACAGAUUUACCGGAGCAGCGGGCACUCAGAUGCCAACGGCAUGUGUUCCGAAGCAUUACUGCGGAACUCAUGCACCGGGGUGGUUGAGCACUGCGCAUCCAUCGGUAGUCGGGCAAGUUGUCAACGGCAAGGUGUGUUUCCAUUGGGGGUCUAGAUGUUGUAACUGGUACGCGAACAUCCAGAUAAAGAAAUGCAACGGGUUUUAUGUGUACAGGCUGACGAGGACUCCUGUAUGUUGGCUGAGGUUUUGCGGAAAUUCAGGAUUCGACCCAUGUAAAGCAAGCAGGCCUUGCCAAAAUGGAGCUACCUGUGUAAAUAACCAGGAUGGAUACAAAUGCCUUUGUAAGCCUGGCUAUCAAGGGAAAAAUUGCGAGCAAGAUGUCAACGAAUGCUCAACUAGGCCAUGUCUCAACGGUGGAACAUGUCAGAAUUUACCAGGAAGUUACAAAUGCAAUUGCAAACCAGGAUUUUUAGGAAGUCACUGCGAGACAGCGUUUGAUGCAUGUUUGCAUUACGAGACCCUUAGUGACAGGGAAAGAGCUGCAAGUGUCCAUAGAGGAAAUACCUUGAAAUGUGACCAGAGGGACUUAGUAACGCCAAAAUGGUACAGAAUUACAGGGGCGGCAGGCACCAUGAUGCCCACCUCCUGUGUUCCGAAGCAUUACUGCGGAACUCAUGCUCCGGGUUGGCUGAGUACUGCGCAUCCAUCGGUAGUUGGGCAAGUUGUCAAUGGCAAAGUGUGUUUCCACUGGGGGUCGAGAUGCUGUAACUGGCACGCGAACAUCCAGAUAAAGAAAUGCAACGGAUUCUUUGUGUAUAAACUUGCAAGGACUCCAGUGUGUUAUCUCCGCUAUUGUGGCAAUGCAGAAUAUGGCGAGUGUAAAAUAAAUAAACCAUGCAAGAAUGGUGCAACAUGUAUCCAGAGACCAGAUGGGUAUUCUUGCGUCUGUCGUUCAGGUUUUCACGGAAAGCAUUGCGAAAACGACAUCAACGAGUGCCUAACAACUAAGCCGUGCAAAAAUGGCGCCACCUGUAUUAAUAGCAAUGGAGGGUACAGGUGUCUUUGCGUCCCUGGAUUUCAAGGGAAAAAUUGUGAAACAGAUGUGAAUGAAUGUUUAAUAAAUGGCAUAUGUAAGAAUGGAGGAACCUGUAUCAAUACCCAUGGAGGGUAUCGAUGUCAGUGUUUGAAUGGAUACCAAGGGAAGCACUGUGAACAAGAUAUCAACGAGUGCUUAAAAACAAAACCGUGCAAAAAUGGCGCCACUUGUGUCAAUAACAAUGGAGGAUAUAGGUGUCUUUGCGUCCCUGGAUUUCGAGGGAAAAAUUGUGAAACAGAUGUAAAUGAAUGUUUAAUAAACGGCAUAUGUAAGAAUGGAGGUACCUGUAACAAUAUCCGUGGUGGAUAUCGAUGCCAGUGUUUGAGCGGAUACCAAGGGAAGCACUGUGAACAAGAUAUUAACGAGUGCCUAACAACAAAACCGUGUAAAAAUGGCGCCACUUGUGUUAACAGCAAUGGAGGAUACAGGUGUCUUUGUGUCCCUGGAUUUCAAGGGAAACAUUGUGAAACAGAUGUAAAUGAAUGUUUGAUAAGUGGCAUAUGUAAGAAUGGAGGUUCCUGUAUCAAUACCCACGGUGGAUACCGAUGUCAGUGUUUAAGUGGAUACCAAGGGAAGCACUGUGAACUAGAUGUGAAUGAGUGCAUAACGACAAGACCAUGCAAAAAUGGAGCCACCUGUGUUAACAAGAAUGGUGGAUAUGAUUGCUUGUGUGUUCCUGGUUUCAAAGGAAAAAACUGCGAGAGAGAUGUUAAUGAGUGCAUCACUAGACCUUGUUUGAAUGGUGGUACUUGUGUCAAUCAGCGUGGAAGUUACCAAUGCGUUUGCCUGGCGGGAUUUACUGGCAAGCACUGCGAAACCCAGAUAGAUCCAUGUUCGAGUUACGUGAUACUGGACGAGAAGGACCGUGCAGCUGGAAACGAUGCACAAGUAUAUAAGUGCGACCAAAGGGAUAUUGUAACACCAGCUUGGUACCGGUUUUCAGGAGACGCUGGCGAUAAAAUGGCAGACUCCUGUGUUCCUCAGUUGCACUGUGGAACGCAUGCACCGGGGUGGUUGAACGGGGAUCAUCCCAUAAAUGAUGGGGAGGUCAUCGAAAGACAAGUUUGCUUUCAUUGGGGAUCCAGUUGCUGUAAAUGGUCUACUAAAAUAAAGAUAAAAAAGUGUAAAGGUUUCUUUGUGUAUGAGCUUCAAAGAACUCCAGCCUGUCGUCUACGUUACUGUGGAAACUCUAAUUUACCCGUGAACGAGUGCGUCGUUACAAAGCCAUGCAAGAAUGGAGCAACCUGUGUCGAUAUGAAACGUGGAUACCAAUGCCUCUGCGCCCCAGGGUUUACAGGAAAAGACUGUGAACAAGAUGUAGAUGAGUGCUUGAUAAGCGGUCUGUGUAAGAAUGGUGCCACAUGUCAAAACAGCGCGGGUGGAUACCAGUGUAAAUGCCCCAGUGGAUUCAAAGGAAAGCACUGUGACCAAGAUAUCGACGAAUGCGCUACAAAUGACCCAUGUAGAAAUGGUGCCACUUGCAUAAACAUAAUUGGCGGGUUCCAGUGUUCAUGUGCAAGUGGAUUCGAAGGGAAAUAUUGCGAACAAGAUGAGGAUGAGUGCAAGGUGAACCCAUGCAAGAAUAGUGCUACGUGUAUCAAUUUGAUUGGUGGGUUUGAAUGCCAAUGUGUACCCGGCUUUCAAGGAAAGGUAUGCGAACAGGAUAUCGAUGAGUGUCAGGGAGACCCUUGUUUGAACUCUGGCAACUGUUCCAACACACCUGGCAGUUACAAAUGCGAGUGUAUUAGGGGCUUUGAAGGCAAAAACUGUGAAAAUGAUGUAGAUGAGUGUAAAGAGAGUAACCCCUGUCAAAACGGUGGCACGUGUCAAAACAAGAAAGGAACUUACCAUUGCUCUUGCCCGGAUGGAAUUACAGGGUUCAACUGCGAGAUAAAAAUAUCCUUCAAAGAGCUAGGUUGUUAUAGAGACCGGGCCAACGACCGCACGAUGACACUGCUAAAGAACCUACGAAAGUACAUUGACUGGCGCGACAUGUCCAAGACAGUUAAAAACUGCUCUGAGAUUGCGAGAGGCACACCGGGCGUGUACUACUUUGCGAUUCAAUAUUACGGAGAGUGUUUCGGUGCGCCACCGGGGACCAAAUAUGAUAAAUUUGGCGAAGCAUCCAAUUGCUGGUCCGGUGUGGGAGGAGCAAACAGCAACUACGUUUACACCUUAUAUUAAAGACCGUAAGAGAAACGAGGCAAUGAAGAGCUUAUCUACAGAUGGUACUUACUUUAAAGCUUACGAAAAAUGUUAUGAACAAAGAUAUCACCAUUAAAAUGAAUGAUUAA